AAAAACAUAGUCAACACCACAUAUGUCAAUGUCGAGCAAGUUUGAUUCGGAUUAACACGAAAUUUUGUAUUUAAUUUUACUUAACUUUUACUUUAUUCGCCAAAUUAAGAAAAAUAACUGAGAAUUCAUGAAAAAUAGUCCAAUAUAAAACUUUUAGACGACAUGGCUACUGAAGAGCACAAAGAAUUGGCUUACUAUAUAAAGGAAGUUCACGCUUCUUUGAGGAAGUCUUCUUCAAAAAUAGGAUUUCGUAGAGCAUGGCUUGAACAUAGUAAAAAUGAAGAUAUUUUAAAAAAGUAUGCAAAAUGCAUGGAACGAUUAGCAACUGUACAUUGGGAUAGCAAUUGUUUGGACAAAUCUAAUGCUGUUGUGUCUCGAAUACAAUGGUCUGCUGAUUUUAGCUAUAAUUAUUACAUCAAUGACCACUACUUAAAGUUUCGUGAUAGAGAUAUAGACAUAUCAAAUAAAAUUAAUAUUAGUAUUGAUUCUCUAGAACAAUUUUCCUUACCUUUAAAAUUACUUGAUGUAGGUAGCUGUUAUAAUCCUUUUAAAAUGUAUACAUUCUUGGAUGUUCUGCCAAUUGAUCUGUGCCCAGCAAAUAAUUCUGUCUAUCAAUUUGAUUUUCUAAAUGUUGAUAUAGGCGAAGAGAUGGUUAUUGAAAGCCAAAGUAUAAAAGAAUUGGAACAAAACUCUUUUGACAUAGUAACAUUCUGCUUCUUGCUUGAAUACAUUCCUAAUUCAGAAUUAAGAAUAGAGGCAUGUGUGAGAGCUUACAAUCUUCUAAAACCUGGAGGAAUAUUGAUAAUAAAUACACCAGAUUCAAAACAUGUUGGAGCUAAUUCUAAAUUGAUGAAGUGUUGGAGAUAUACUUUAGCAUGUUUAGGUUUUUCAAGAAUUAAAUAUGAGAAGUUUAAACAUAUGCAUUGUUUAGUUUUUAGGAAGUCUUUACAUAAAGACAUAGCUAUAAGAUGGAGUACAUUAUGUAAAGAGUCUAAUAUGGAGUAUGGUUUAUUUAUUCCGCAAGAUUUUCUAAGUGACAAGGAAGAGGAUGAUCAUACAAACAUUGAUAAGGCAUCAAAUAUAUGUAAUAAUGACAGUGCAACAAUUACUGAACACUUUGAAGAACUACCAUUUAGUUAUGACGAAUAAAUAUUUUU